AUGUACUUGUGGUUCAACUACCUUGACAACGGAGAGGACGACGUGCGAACGAUUCAUGCUGGUUGCAGCUCCAGCGCAAGCUACAAAAUGAUUGGUACCAUGUUCCUACGUGACGGCAGCGGGCCCUUUCGAGAGCACGAUUCGUUCUGGAAUCCCGCGGUGAAGAAGGGGGACGAGGCCGAGGAGGUGCGGCGGACCAUCGAGGCGACGCAGGCCUCCCACUUCCGUUUCAAUCACAUCGCCGCACUUUUCGACCUCGAGCGCCAAUCAGUGUUCGAGCUCCACGGGGGCGCCGAAGCCGUCAGGCUGGCCAGAUUCCAACACCUUUACACCGAUGUGCUCAUACAGCAAGAGGCUGAUGGGAGACUCUACAGCCAGUACGCAGGGAUGCUACAGCAGUAUCCCCCAGAUUCAGAGGGGCACGUCUACGCGGAUUUGCUGCUGAUGUGGACGCCAGUUCUGAUGGCACAGAAGGGCAGAUCUUGCUGCACAAGGAAGAACCUUAGCGACCACUUCUGGCACCUUCUGGGCAAAAGCCUGCGCGAAUCUGUCGACAGCUGGCUGCAGCAAACAGGUACGAUGCCAACGACUCAGGAGGUCGACGAGCACAAAAGCAAGCUGGUGGAAGGCUACUUCAUCGAGAAUAUCAACAUAUCAGCUCAUCCAUUGAAAAGCUGCACCAUCAACGGCCGUACGUCCGUGGCUUUGAUGAUUUUGAUGUAUGUGGAGUGCGAUGUCCGGAUCUGGCCAGCAGAAGCUUCCGCUGAUCCACAUGGGGUCACGCCCACAUCCGUGGAGCUUUAUCCUGCAACACUUCGCUAUCGUGCUGCAGACAACUGGGUUGCAGUUCUUUCCUUAGCGUGGUGCGGCGCCCGCAAUUUCAGUCAUUCUCUUCCAUCUCUUCAUGAUGUGUCGUGUUUCCUGUGCACAAAUCCUGGCUACCCCAGCGGCUGGUUGCUUUGUGUCCUCAAUGCUGCCCCCAGUCGGGGCCAGGACAUGCAAGAUUUUGUCUUGCACGUUUCGCUCUGA